AUGGACCAGGCAUCAAGCCUCGUUGGUUCUCUUUUGAAUACCAUAUUCCCUGGAUUCAUAUUUAUUGACACAUUCCACAGAGCUCCCAACCUGGGCCUUCUGUCCAAUAUCCUAAUUAUCGGAUGUGCAUUUGUUUAUGUCUGUAUCUGGGUAUAUGAUGGAAUCUGGAAAUUCUGUGCCAUUGAGGUACAAAUUGAACCGCGCAGUGAGGAGCACGAACAUCUAACCACCUUUCUUGAAUCCUGGGUUACUGAGUGCCUGUCUCGGAGGGUUAGAAGUGAGGAAUGGAGUGAAGAGGACGCGCCCGAAAAGACCGAGUGGGACUGGAAAACCAUUGAAGCAUUGCGGCAUUAUCAAUUUCGACCCAACAAAACUUGUUUGUUCCUAUUCAGAGGCUCAAUAUUUCAGUUUCAACAGACAGAAAGAAGCUUUGAGUUUCACUCUGAGAAGUGCUACAGCCUGCGAGUUUUAGGCUGGUCCUGCAAGCCAAUUGAAAGAUUGCUUGAAGAAGCCAGGUCACGUCACACCUCCAAGAACAAAUCUCACAUUACAAUUUUCAUCCCAGAAGGGGAGCGUGCCCGUCGGACUAAGAUACCAUGGCAGCCUGUCAAAACCAUUAGCCGACGGUCACUUGAAAGCAUCUCCCUGGCAGAGGGACAAAAGGAAGAAAUUUGCAAUGACAUGUGCAAGUUCUUGAAGGCUCAGCGAGUGUAUGCAAAAACGGAAAGACCAUACCGCCGUGGUUACCUAUUUAGUGGACCCCCUGGGACUGGGAAAACCAGCCUUGCGCAAGCUUUGGCAGGCCAAUAUGGUCUGGAUAUUUACAUGUUGAGCUUGACAGGCCAAAACAUGACUGAUGAAGAACUCCAGUGGCUCUGUAGCCAUCUACCGCGCUGUUGUGUCCUCCUCAUUGAGGAUAUCAACAGUGCCAGAAUCAACUGUGAGAAAAUGCAAGCCAUACAGAAGGACGGCGCGAGGCAAAACAACCAAGUAUCACUCUCCGGCCUCUUGAACACAAUCAAUGGCGUCUCAUCAUCCGACAGGAGAAUUUUGGUCAUGACCACAAACUGCCAAGAUGAACUUGAUGCGGCCCUUAUCCACCCGGGACGCGUGGACAUGAAAGUGGAAUUUACACUGGCAUCAAAGGAGCAAAUAAAAUCGAUUUUCCAGCAUAUGUACGCCCACGAAGGCCAUACCAAUCUUGCAGAUAUGGCUGCUGAGUUCGCCCAUCAAGUUCCCCAUUGCCAGUAUAGCCCAGCGGAUAUCCAGAACUAUCUAUGGAAACAUAGUGAUCCUAAGUUUGCUGUUAUGGAAGCUCAGAAGCAAUUCCCUACGACAGAGUGA